CGCAAGUGCUGUAGAUGCGUUGCGCAGGGCCCCACCGCCGCCGCCCAGCGCCGACAUUCCCGACACCGUCAGCCGUCGGAUUCGGCCUCAAGAUUCUCUCGGCCGACGUGGGCUCGCGCGUGCGCUGCACGGCCGGUGAGCGUAUCCGCCCCCGAACUUUCCAACCGACUAGUGAAACGUGGUGCCCGGUGACGCAUCCUCCCCACGCCCUCCCCCUGUUUCGGCCGUGUGUAAAUAAGAAGCAACGCCCUCCGCUACGUUACCUCCACCGUCGAGCACGGGAGCGGUAGCAAAACAGAGGAACCGAUGGGAGAAGGGGAGCUGAUGUCAAUGUUCCGGCGGCAGCCGGGAGCGCCGCGGCCGUGGACGCGGGGCGAGGACAAGGUUUUCGAGCGAGCGCUGGUGCUCUACCCCGAGGGCACGCCGGAGCGGUGGUCGGUGAUCGCGGCGGAGCUCUCCGGGCGGAGCGCAGUGGAGGCGUGGGAGCGGUACCAGGCGCUGGUGGAGGACUGCCGCAUGAUCGAGCGGGGGCUGGUUGAGGUGCCCGAUUGCUGGGACGCCGAAGGGAGCGACGACGGCGAAGAAUCAUCCGACGGAAGCGGCAGCGCGCGCCAGCGGGUACUGCAGGCAGGCCGCGGCAGGGGAGAGGAGCGGAAGCGCGGGAUUCCGUGGACAGAGGAGGAGCACCGGCUGUUUUUGGAAGGACUGGCGAAGUACGGAAAGGGAGACUGGCGGAACAUCUCGCGGUGUGCGGUGAAGACGAGGACGCCGACGCAGGUGGCCAGCCACGCCCAGAAGUUCUUCAUCCGGCAGAGCCAGAACAACAAUGGGGGAAAAAACAGAGAGGGUAGUAAGAGAAAGAGCAUCCAUGAUAUCGCCAAUCCGUAACUGCAAGAAUUCAAAAAUUGAACGUGUAACGCAGUCCAAAUUAGUUGUGUUCCGAUUAAGUGUAAAUACACCAGUGGAAAUUAGAUGGCUAUGUCGUCGUCAAUUGAACUUCUUCUUCGUCAGUUCGUCAGUUUAAUUUGCCUACGAUUUGCCCUUUCCUUUUUCCUGUUCUGCGUUUCAUCUAUAAAAUUUAAUGAAUCCCACGGUAUUAGAAUCGA